CGGCGGUCGCUUACUAUUUUACCGUUCUCAGAAUUAUGUUAAAACUGCCGCUCUUCCGCAACAAUUCACUAUUCCUCUACCAAACAGAGUCAAUUGAUACACACGGAACAAACCGUGACUCUCCGGACUGCUGGCAUCGAACGUUAACCACAACACAGACUCCACCAAAGAAUUACUCUACAAACACUCAGGACCAAACAGACUAUUUAGCAAGGCUCGUCCGUCGGUCGACUCGCUAGCUAUUGUUUGUACCUAUCAAUUACCUGCACGCGACUCGCUGAACUUUCGGUGAAAGCUACUUGGUCGUCGAAUUAAGGACGUCUGAUUUGUGAUAGUACGAGACGAAGUUUACGUCUCGCAGAGAUAUUUGAUAUCAAAACCCGACUCAGAAUCGGCAAAGACAUAUACUUGAAUUAAGGUGUACAGAGUCUUUUGUUAUCACACUCUCCCGUGUUCUCCUUUUUUUUUUGUUCCUUUCGUUUGUUUCUCAAUCUUCGUUUGAAGUGUCUACCAAUCUUCCCCAUACGCCAGACGUAUUAGAGGUUAGUCGUAUUUCCCGCGUUAUCGGUAAAAAGCCGGACUUUCUAAUUGCUCUACUUUCACUGCACAUAUUGCGUCUCUACCACCUGUUUAAUUAGGUCUUUCCCCUCUCAAAUCCACGGAGUAAGACUAUCACCCUUUUUGGCUUGUUUUUCAGUUCGUUAUUUAUAAGUUGGUGUUUGGCAAUUCCAUUCUCACCCUUCCUCUCUUUGCACACAGAAUCUCUGUUAAAGGUGAAGCUACAUCGUCCAGUAUCUGGCUCUCAAGUGCUUUGCUUCGAUUUUUUCCCAAUUUUUAAGUCAUAUUUCUUUCUCUUUCGUUUUCGCCAUGUCUGCCGUUGCUCUCGUUGCUUCCAAUGAACGUCGUCCAAAAAAGGAGACGACCAAGCGUUUCGGUAUUGAUGUACUGGCUGCAGGUGCUGCUAGUGCUAUGAUCACACCCUUCAUUCUUACCAUUGAUCGUUCUAUUGUUGAAAAUACAAGUGGUCGGAGCACUCUGCUACGUUCCAUCGGUCACUCGGUCGCGCAGAUACUUCGUCGCCCAGUUUCUUUCAUCUGCAGUGCGCCUUACGCUCUUGUUUUCAGCUUGUAUUUUGGAACUUACAUUGCCGCUAAUUCCCUUGAUACAUAUGAGAACAUCAAGACGAGGAAUCCUGUGUAUAAGGUGGAGACCGGCGGCUUUGUGAAGUUUUCAACAGUUACCGCCACGAACAGUGGUCUGAGUAUUCUGAAGGACAGUUUCUUCACAAAGUUCUGGGGAAAGGGUACACCCCAUGCACUUCCCGGAAAAUGCUAUGCUCUCUACGGUCUACGUGAUGCGUUGACUGUUGCUUGUUCUUUCAAUCUCCCUCCUCUUAUUGCUCCCUACUUGCCAGGUGGAUUAGUCACUGCUCAAAUGUUGACUCCAUGUGCUGUUCAGUUUGUCAGUACUCCUCUUCAUCUCUUGUCCCUCGAUAUCUACAACCGCCCAGAAAAUCUGAACUUGACGGCAAGAAUGCUUGAGGUUCGUAAAAACCUGAUGAAAAGUAUCUUUGCUCGUAUGCUUCGUAUCCUUCCUGCGUUUGGUAUUGGUGGUGUUGCCAAUCGUGGUAUUCGUACAUCAUGCCUUGAUAAUCUGCAACGCAAGGGUGAAGCUUUCACAGCAGCUGAAGUGAAGGCUUCGCUACAGCAGUAAGUGACUGAUUUAAACCUUCGUAUACGAAAUUGUUAUGAUUACUCCGCAAGUUUGUUUCUUGCUUUUGUUCAAGUAUGUGCGGUUAUCUAUUUGGUCGUUUCUAUAAAAGGUAUGCCAUAAAAUCACUUUUUAAUGUCGCGCUACUCUGACACUUGCGAGUGACGCGCAGCGGAAAUUGUUUUUUUUCCCGCAUAAUGCUUUGAGUGAACUACAUUUGCAUAAUGUUGUGAUAUAGCUUCGUAUUGCACAUUACGUUGUUUCGCCGAGCCUCACUGGUUUUUUCUUCGCUUUUUUUUUGGUUUUGGGGAAUUCAUUACCACUUCACAAUUCCGUAAAAUGUCACUAUAGACUAUCACAUCCACAUUUCCUAAGGUUUGAGAUUUCGUUUCUUAUGACUGUUUUCUUUGUAAGCGCAUAAGCUGGUGUUUUGCUUCUGCUUUGCCAGGAAACUCGAAAACGGACUGGUUUCAAAAUUACAUAGAUAGUCCGCGGGAAUCGAGUGUCUGACAUCGUAGAUGCAUUCAAUUUAUGUGUGAAUUUCUGUACACGUAAAGGCUCCGUUUAAUCCUUGUCAUACGGCAUACGGUUCACUUUUGCCCAUUCAUAUAGCUAUUUGAGAAAAAUAAAAUGUUAACACUUUUAAUAUAGCUUUUCUGAUAACCCA